GUCUCUAGACGUCAACAUAUAGAAAUUCCAAUCCCAAUCCCAUGGUACUUUCGUUCCGCAUCCGCUGAGACAUCCUCUUGAGGUGACGGAGCGCUCACGAUCGCUCCCUCCUCGUGCACGAGCAAGAACCCCGGUUUUGAUGCAGGGGAGGGUGUGGGUGUUUUUCGGUGUGAUAGUGCGCCGAUACGAGGUGGGAUGGUCCACAAGGUAUUCGGUGGGAUGGUGCACAAAGCACCUAUACUGCUACUGGCACUGAUACCAGUGGUACUGCGAUCGUCACGUCCGUUGCUAAAUCUCACAGGCCUGAAUACGCGCCUGUACCGCACCACCCAACUCACGCAGCGGUACCGUCACCGUUAUCGAAACCUCAACUUGGAGUCCGUCUUGAUUGCGUCCCUCGUCAAGAAUCUGAAUCUGAAUCCGAAGCUGAAUCGUAUAGGUUCCCUAGUGUUAGCGCUGAACACUCACACUCUGCAAGUGCUGGUGAGCGAGGCGCUGGUUUUGGUAUCAGUACUAGUGGUUGGUCUGGGUUCGAAUUCGCGAGGUUCCGCGAGGUGGCGAAUGUCGGUGUAGGUGUAGAUGCAGGUGGUUGGGGUGAACCCCACUCUAAGUCCACCGCCGCCUGACUCUCCCGCUCAAUCGAUGCACAUGCACAUGCACAUGCCUGGUAAUUACAUCCAGGAUGUCUUGCCCCUUCGGAGAUAUCAAAAUCAAAACACUGGUG